UUAUUAWUGAAUAUAUUUUGCACCGGUUUCCACAAAUAUUUUAAAUUAAUUUGUGUAUUUUUGACUUGAUAGAUUGGUAAUGGAGAUUUUAAAGCAAGGCGCAGAAGGCCGUCUUUACCUUGGUGUAUUUAAAGGGGAAACGUGUUUAGUAAAAGAACGUUUCAUUAAACAUUACCGCCAUCCAGAAUUGGACACACAGAUUACAAGACAACGAAUCAAAGCAGAGAUAAAAGCGGCUACUCGAUGUCAAAACGCUGGAAUAUUAGUACCACAUAUUUUGCAUACUGAUCUAAAUGAACGUAGAAUUUAUAUGGAAUAUUUUGGAGAAGCCAUCACAGCCAAAGAAUUAAUUCAACGUGUUGUAACUGGUCAUUCAAUGGAGACAGCGGAAAUAGUUUUGAAAAAUCUUUGCACACAAGUCGGUACAAUAAUUGGAAAAUUGCACGCAAAUAAUAUAAUACAUGGCGACUUAACAACAUCGAACAUACUUAUCAAUCCCAAAAGUGAAAAUAAGGAUUUUAAGGAGUACGACAUUGUUUUUAUUGAUUUCGGAUUAAGUCAUUACAACCAAGGAGCGGAAGACAAAGGUGUCGAUUUAUAUGUAUUGGAAAGAGCGCUUCUCAGCACACACAGUGAGCAACCAUAUCUAUUUGAUUACAUGCUCGAAGCUUACCGCAAAGAAUGUGGCAAGGAUGAAGGAACUAUUGUAGCUAAAUUCGAAGAAGUACGAGCGCGCGGACGGAAACGUACUAUGAUUGGCUAACCAGAUGUGUGAAAAGAUUAGUUUCAUUUUUAUUUUUUUAUGAUAAGCUUAAUUGUGACUAUAUCCUAAUUUACACAACAAAAUACRAAACAUAGAAGAUAUUCAACUAUUCUAUCCGCA